CAUAAAAAAUAUUUAAAAUUAAAAAUUAAAACUAAAAAAAAACUACAAUGAGUAGCAACAAUGGCAACGAUCAACAGCAACAACAACAACAACCACAGAGCACAACAACAACAAGCACAACCGGAAAUGAGUCCGGAUCUGGAACCGGAUCCGUAUCCGGAUCUGGAUCUGGUCUACGUCCUGCCACCGCUCCAGCCCGCACUGGUGGCAUGAACAACAACAACAACAACAAUAACAACAACGAUGGGGCAACAACCAGCACUGCCAGCACCUACAGGGUGAACUUGCAACCGCCACACCAGCAGCCCAGCAGCAACAACAAUGGCAAUACUGGUGGUGGCAACACUGCCAGCAACAACAAUCACCACGAGAGCCACACAGCCGGAAGUACAGGUAGCACCUUGGUGGUGAACACCAGCACCAAUGUGGCAGUAGGGGGAGGUGGAACGGGAGGAGCUCCCACAUCUACUGGCAGUUCCAGCAACAACAAUCACAUUUAUGUGAAUCCCCAUAGCUAUGAUAGCAGCACUACGGGCAGUGUUAGUGGCUCCACGGCGGUGAUGUUGCCACUGCCAGUGGCCAAUACUACAACAACAACAACAGGGGGAGGAGCCACAUCUGCAGCAGCAACAACAGCAGCAGCAUCAGCAUCAGCAUCAGAUGCCUCGCAGCAACAUCCCUUGGGAGCGAUCAGUAGAACCGGAAAUGGCAAUGGAACUAGCACGGGAACUGGCAAUGGAACUGGAACUGGCACUGUCACCUGUACCGGAACUGGAGCCGGAACUGGCACCUCCACCUCCACAACCCUGAGCACCCUGAACACAUAUCUCUUCCCCUGCGGCGCCGACUCGGCCAGCAGCUGCGAUCUGGACAGCAAUUUCAGCCAGAUGCUGGACGCCGGAGGCAGUUCCUCCCUGAGCCACCAGUCCACCGCCCCCGUGGGUCAUGGCCUGGGUGUCCAACUGGGCCUGGGAUUCGUCAAUAGCCGUAGGAGGAUCCGACGGCUCUUUGGAGUGGGCGGAGACUUCCAGCAAUCGCCCGGCACUCCCACUCCCUAUGCAGCCGCCCUGCGCCGCCGGAGCUCCCAGCUGAUGCAGUUGACCAAGAAACGGGAGAGGGAGCUGGAGGAUCUGGAGCAGCAGCAGCGGAUAGCGACAGUGGCCUCGGCAAAUGCCGCCUUUCUGGAGCGUCGCGAGCAGCAGCAGCAACAACAGUUGCAACUGCAACUGCAGCAGCAGCAGCUGCAACAGCAACCGACCCAGUUCAUUGGCUUCAAUCCGCUCCAGGCGGAGGCGGGAAAAAAGAAGAAAAAGAAGCCGCCAGGACCGCCGGCCCAGGCCAGGCAGCAGUCGUCUAGGAAUAUGGAGGAUCCUCUGAUGAAUCGUCCUCGGAAGAACACGCCCUCGUCCAGCAAGAAGAAGGACAAGCUGGAGAAUCCCUAUGAGAAGUACCAACAACCAAAAAAAAAAAACAAAAAUCCACCAAAAAGCCAAAGCACUCAAGCUCUUAAGCCACUUACGCUUAAAAAAUCACUCUUAAAAAAAUUAUAUACUUAAAAUUAUAAGAUUUAAAAUUAAGCUUAAGACAAAUGCUUCUCCUGAUUUGUUUCUAAUGCGCUUAAAAUUCUAUUUUCAAAGCUUGUUUUUGUAAAAAAUUGAAUAAAAAUGAACUUGACAGCAAAACUACUUAGUUUAUAUUUGAAAAUUAGUAAACUGCUUCGCUUAAAUGCUUUUAAAAUUUAAAUGCUUAAAUGCCUUUUUAAAAACAA